AUGCACAGACCUGAGAAUGCCUACAGACCAACAAUAUUUAACAGCAACUCCUGCAAGCGAUUAAUAGUAAAUUCGCUUCUCUCUAUAGACGCCACCAUUGAAGUUAGUAUCAUUAUUAUCUCCCCCUCUCUCUCUCUCUCUCUCUCUCUCUCUUUACGUCAAUCUCUCUUUCUGUCUCUUUCUACCACAAACUCUCUCUCUCUCUCUCCCCUCUCUCUAUUUCUCUAUUUCUUUCUGUUUCUCUCUCUCCACCUCUCUCUUUCUCGUUCUCUCUUCCUCUCACUUUCUCUUAUAUUCAGGCUCUCUCUCUCUCUCUCACUCACUCACACUCUUUUACUCUCUCUUUCUUUUUCUCUCUCUCUCACUCUGUUCUUUUCCUUUCAGGAGGAACCGAUCACGCCUGGGUCAGCGUUCACCUUGCUAAUCCAUGCAUUAACAUUUCAGUUCGACUUGAUAACUAUCCGUAAAAGUCAUCUAGGUUUUCUGACCCUUAAUUCCCAACUGCACAUCUAUUCUCCCCGCCCUUUUUUCCCCUGCCAUCGUCUCUACUGCUUCUUCCCGUUCCCCUUUCUUUCGUUUAAUUACCUCAGUGGCUCUUUCGUUCCCUGUUCUCGCCAUUUGUCUCUCAUUCCCUUUCCCGAAUACCCCAUUACACCACACACUCCCACGCUUUUCGCCUUUACUGAUGUUCGUUUCCAUUACACGGUCUCAGACACGCAGUCAGAUCAGGGAAUUGAGACGACGGGUCUAACCCCGCCCCGAUGA